AUGUCAAUCCAACGCUAUGACAUCACUGUUGUUGAUAAUGUACAUUACUUCAAGUAUGCAUCAGUAACACCAACUCCAGUCGCCACACCCCCGAGGCCCGUCUUUACGCUACAACCUCAAAAUGUUUACAUAGUGAAAAGCAAACCCGCAAGAAUAGAAUGCCGUGCCCAGCCGACAUCAAGUAUAAAUAUUAGGUGUAAUGAGGAGUUUGUACCACUACCUGAUAUAAUACAUCUUACGACGUUUGAAGAAUCUUCCCGACAAAUUCGACAUGUUGCUUAUGAAAUAAGUAAAGAAGCAGUUGAUGCUCAUUUUGGAGAAUAUUCAUGCCAGUGUACAGCAUUAGGUCAUGGUAAUAUUGAAGAAGAUAGCAAAAAAGCUGUAAUUCAGGUGGCCUAUUUACGUAGACAGUUCGAGCAAGAGCCCCUUGGAAUUUCAUUGCCAGUAGAAACGGGGACAGAACUGUUAUGCAGACCACCUCUCGGAGUUCCUGAACCUAAUGUUUACUGGGAGAAAGAUGGUCAGCAGGUCGAUCUCAGCGAAGCCCACUAUAUCUUGCGUUCUGAAGGUCACCUUAUUAUCAAUCAUGCUGCGGUAGAAAACACCGGCAACUACACAUGCGUUGCUGAGAAUGUUGUAACUAAGCGAAAAAGCGAAAUUGCAGAAGUUAUCGUUUUCGUGGAUGGAGGAUGGACCGACUGGUCCCAAUGGAGUGAGUGCAAAAGCAACUGUGACGCUGGGGUGAAACAGCGAACAAGAUCGUGUACGAACCCAAAACCUGUGAAUUCGGGCAAGAAAUGCGUAGGUCAAGAUAUCGAGACUCAGACAUGCACCUCAUCGUGCUCAGUUAAUGGGAUGUGGAGUGCCUGGUCUGUUUGGUCAUCUUGCAACACACUUUGUAAACGUAUGCGAACAAGAAGUUGUUCAAACCCCGCACCUGCGUUUGGUGGCGCAGGAUGCGAUGGUCCCACAGAUGAAACGAGCAAUUGCUUUGGCGAUUUCUGUCAAGUAUCGCCUGGACAGACUGUUAGGGACCAAGAUGGGUCAGAUACCAGUCCAGACUCAAGUCCAAUUCCUGGAUUCCCAAAUCAAAAUCAACUAGGAGAUUCAUCUGAACGCCCUUCUGGUAAUGCAAACACAAUAGCGCUGUUUGUUGGCAUCGGUCUCACCGUUCUGGUCUGCAUACUUGUCAGCGUUUUUGUCAUCUCCUACUUUGCAACAAAGCGCAAGAAAUUGCGUGGACGACACUGUCAGGAGAUAUCUGAUGAGACAAGAUUAGCCAUGUUGACUAUGCAACCCGAUUUAACACAGUCUUCCCAUCCAAUACAAACACAAGCUGUUCUAAUGGCCUCCAAUCCGGAGAAAAUACAAAUGACGACAUCUCCGCUAAACCUAUCGGACGGAUCAAUGACGUACUGUCCAGAACUGAAGCAGGUUUCACCCGAAGGAAUGCGAUACAACGUUCCAUAUGAGGUCCUUCAAAACGGUAAUGGAUUUGCCAAUGGGUACUCCAACGGACAUGCCAUGAGUCGCGAGCACCUAAAACUUAACCUUCCCCUGGCUUCGUCUCGCAAAUGUAGUUGUGAACUUUACUCCCCGACUCAUAGGUCAGGUCGUUUCACACCUGUAACCCAUGUCUGUUUACCUUACCAGAAAUCAGACCAAUCAGACUGUUGCUCUGAUAGAUGUUUGUCUAAUAAAGAACCGAUGUAUGCUGAGCCUAUCUUGCCAAGCCUCACCAAUAGUGAUUCUAUGCCUUCAGAGAAAAGCUUCUCAUCCAGAGGAAGUGAUCAACUCAGGCCGUAUGAUUCGGAUACUGUAGCAACCUCAGUACUUAGCUCUGGCUUGCCUGCGCACAUCGACACAACUUGUGUGGCCUGGGGUACGAUUGGUUCACGCGGAGGUAGACUAAGUGUCCCAAACGCAGGAAUCAGCGUAUUUGUUCCAGAGGGAGCUGUACCAAAGGGUUACUCGGAAGAACUUUAUAUUACGUAUAAUAGGGAAACAACAGACAAACCCAAGCUCAACAGUAAACAAACAAUGCUGACCCCCAUUAUUAUCGCCGGGCCGGUCAAUAUGACUUUGGUUAAACCCAUGAUUCUAACCUCAUCUCAUUGUGCGGCACAGAUAAAUAGUGACUGGAAAUACUCCAUUUAUUAUUGCAAGGGGCAAUCAAGGACAAAUAGAACAUGGGAGAAAAUAGCAACGAUUGGUGAGGAGACGAUCAAUACAAGUGUAUACUGCCAGCUAAAUCAUGAUACGUGUUCAUUGGUUGUGGACCACCUAGGCUGGUACUGUUUAGUAGGUGAACCGAAUCCUGAUAGACACCCUUUGAAGCUCUUACAGUUAGCUGCAUUUGCACCCUGUCUAAGCACGGCAAUUGACUAUAACAUUCGUAUUUAUGUCAUUGAUAACACCCCAGAUGCAUUGGAGAGUGUUUUACAGACAGAGCAAAAGCAAGGAGGCGUGUUACUCCAGAAACCUCAAACAUUGCAGUUUCGGUAUUCUGGUACCAACCUGUGUCUAAGCAUUGAAGAAAUAAUGACAGGUUGGCGAAGCAAACUUGCUGCUAAUUAUCAGGAAAUUCCAUUUUGCCAUAUCUGGAGCGGAGCAUCUAGCACAUUGCAUUGUUCAUUCCUACUGGAGAGGACAGAAGCAUCCGUUGGAAUGGUGCAUUGUAGGAUAGAGGUGUCACAGGGAAUCGACAGCAAUACACAGUCACUUCAAAUUACAAGGACAGCUGAUGAAAUGGAAUUAGAACAAAAGUCAUUACUUUGUUCUGAGCAUGAAUCAAGUACCAGCAGUAGUUCAAUGAUGGAACCACCUAACAAGGCAUUCAGAAUCUGCAGGCCUUACAGGUUAGAGCUUUGCGAAGUGUUAGAUCCACCGAAAACCAGAGGCAAUGACUGGCGGUUGUUAGCAGUGAAACUAGGUGUUGACAGGUACACCAACUAUUUUGCAGUCAGACCUAGCCCCACAGACUUGAUCCUAGAUUUAUGGGAAGCAUUGCAUCGAGAAGAGGGUGCCCUCAUGGAUUUACUUGGCGUAUUUCAAGAGAUGGGACGACCUGAUGCAGUCGCUGUCAUUGAGAAGCAACUAACAUCAUGGUUAUAAGAUAUACAAUAACAAAGAUGCUAAAUAAACUGUAUACAGACAGUAACACAGUUGUGUAAUGAACUAUAUCAAGUUUUUAAUACAGAAAAAUAAAAUAUGUUUAUAGAUGGACAUUCCUUAUCGGGUAUUGUUAUUGAAUGAAAAGACGUUAUUGAAAAAAAGACAAAUAAUGUUGCGUGAUGCUUUUUCUAUCUUUUAUCCUUUACUACACCCAUCGAUGAUAGUGUGUGCAUAUAUUUCUCGGAAUUAUUUCGUCAGUUGACACCUGGGAAGUGCUUAUUCUGCCACCUGCAUGGGUCGUUCAGUUCAACGUGUCUUCGCGAACAUUGGGUAAUCAACUGCGCAUCAUGAAAUCAGAUGAUUUUACAAAUUAUAUAUAAAAUAAUGUUGUCUGAUUUACAAGUGUUACAAAUACCAUUGAGUUUUAUAUUGUUUUAUUGAAAUUUUAUUGAAUAAUUUUACAUGUUCUCUAAUGUAGCAGAUUAUGAAUUUGUAACAGUAUUGUCAAAAAAUACUGUUAGAAUAUCACUGUAUUUGUAUUAUAAUAAGAUGAUUUGGUUUUUUUUAAGUAGUAUUUUUCAGAUGUUGUAUGUCUUUCAGUUAAUUUCUUGUAUAUUAUCACUUUUUAAAAAUUUUGUUUUAUAUUAUAAUUAAAUUUUGUUUGUAUUCUAAUUCUAAUGAUGCCAAACAAUUAAUAACUUUUACAAUACUGAAGAUACUACUAUUGUACAAGUACCUAGAAGCAGACAUUAAAAUCUAGGUCAAAGGUAUAUAAAGUUUUGUUGUUUUUCUAAACAAUUUUAUUUUGAAGUAAAUGAUUCAUAAAAGUUUUUGAAGAAAGUUUUUGGUUGAGUGAUAAUCAACAUCAAUAUAUUCUUUCAACCAAAGAAACUACUAAUUCCAAUAAUAUAUUUUGGUCUAUGAUGAUGAUGGUUGUAAAAAGAAUUCUAAAUCAUAUAUUAGAACAUAUAUGAAAUUAAAGUUGAAUUAGAGUGAUUGAAGAUUUUAUUUGCAAUUUCAUGAACUAUAUACAAUUUUUGAAGGUCACUUUUUAUUAAGAUUGUUUAGUCUUGUUAAGUAUGCAUUGUCGCUACUGUAAUAUUAGUUAGAUUCUUGUCAUAACAGUACGAUACAAGGAGGCUUCGCUUUCAUGAUUAUUGAGGCAACCAGCUGUCUCCUACAUAUCCUUUCGUGUGUCUUUAACGAAGUCAGAGUGAUUAACUAAUGAUUGUUUAAGAUGCGCACACCAGCACGUUUUAAGAUGCAAAGUGUAAUUAGAAUGCAGAGACACAUGUGCUAACACGGCUAAUACCGAGAUGAAUCAAAUAGUUGUAUUUACGUAUGUUAUCUGGGCCUCGGGGGUCUCGGGGGCAGACGAACUUACAUGGAUGCAUUCAAAACAUCUAUUAAUGUACGCUAAACAUUUUUAUUACAGUGUCAAUUUAAGUACACAUUUACUCUGGCUUUGGGGAAUUUGCUUAGAAAUAUUAUAGCAGAGAUCAUAAGUUGAGGAAAAUAUGGCAAAUAAUUUUGACGAUAAGCCUGAUUUAUGUGUUGUUACUCAAAUUACAUUUGAUUAUAUUAACAUCUCUUUCCAAGUUUUCUUCCAUUUUUUUCCCAAUUAGUGUAGCACAUAAUCAGUGUAAAAACUGCAGCGAUGCAAUAUUAUAAAGAGAAAAAAAAUAUAAUUUGCCCGAGGCUCUACUGUUAGCAAGAGGGAUAAUACAAAAGUUAUAUAUUGACUGUAUCAUUUAUUUUGAUUAUUAAAUCUGAGCUAGCCUGUUGUUAUUAUUAUAGGUGAGACACCAACAAAUAGAUUACUGUAUGAAUUAACCUUGAACUCUCUAUAGAUUGUAUCUAUUUCCAUUUUAUGUUCUACCCUGUUUAUGAAUAAUAAUAUAAAAAAGCAUUUUUUUCAUUAGGAAUAAUGAAACUGGUGCCAACUAUUGUGUAAUUAUAUUUGGAUCGAAAAUAAUUUAUAUAACAUGUUUUAUUCUGGAAAUUUUCAGCGAUAAAUAAGAUAACACAGUAGUACCAACUUCUGAUAUGGUGUCUUGCUUACUGUAAUUAAUUUGUAAUUGCAAAUGCAUUUGUAAUAAUUAUUAGUUUUGUUACGGUUGUUUCUUUGACUGUCUUCGUCACAAAAACAACUAGGUGGUUAUGUGUCUUGGUGACACUGUUUUUACUUAUUCUAAACAUAUCACAUGAGUCAGUCUGUAUGACACGGUUUGUUUUACGUGCAUUAUAUAACAAUGUACGGACAUGAAUGUAGAACCUAUCAUAUAUAUUCAUGUUUGUCCCAAUGAUUUCAUAGAUUUUGAUCUUCUUUUUAGACUUAUAUUUUUGAGAUUAUUAUAAAAUUUCAACCUGCACUAGUAAUGUGUUGCCUACUUU